GUCAAAUAGUCAAUUAUAUCAUUCAUUUUGGAACGGAGGGCGAAGAAGGGUGCACCGUUUAUUUGACAUUAAUUUCAGUCACUCACUUCACAAGACCCAAGUGACUCCUUCCUUCACCUCUCUCUCUCUGUCUCUCUACAGAUCUCUUCGCUUUGACUAUUUUCGUGGAGAAAAAUACAGUACACGCAUUUACAGAGUGAGUGAAUGAAUUAGCACAAAAUAAAAAGUUGUGUUUUUGAUUACCCUUUUCAAUAUUUUCCAUAAAUAAUAAUUAUUAUUUCGAUUUGCGGAACAAUAAUAAAUUGUGCACGUACAUUGGAUAAUGAGUGUUUGAUGUGAUUCAUGAAAAUGUCGCAAAACCACUACCUCGUCAAGAACAAUCAACAAUUCUAGUAGUAAUUGUCUUUGGAACACUCUUCAAGGUUUCUGAGUCAAGGGUUUCUCGUUUCAGUGGUAGUAAGAAAAUAAGAUUUGGGUAUGGAGAAAAAACGUUCCAAGGGAAGCUUCUUUAGCUUGUUUGAUUGGAAUGCCAAAUCUCGUAAAAAGCUUGUUUGGAACAAUCCAACCUCACAACCUGACGUUUCAAAGCAAGGAAAGGAAAAUCUAGAGACCUUGCCAGAGUCACAAUUCAAUAGGAUAAAGGUGGAUGAGAAUGGAGUAAGUCCGAGUAAUAUUGCAAGUGGUGAUUUUCACUGCACCUUAUCCGUCUGUAGUGAUGAAGGGUGUGGCAGUAAAGCCCCUGGGUUAGUAGCAAGACUCAUGGGUUUGGAUUCUCUGCCAACUUCAGAAGUCGGUGAGCUUUCCGGUGCUUCAUUAUACAGCUCCAACUCUCAUGGAGCUUCUCAUUAUAAUGAGGGUUCUCUUCGUUCCAUGGAGGACUUCCGUCGUGCGGACUACUUAAACACACCACUUAGGCCGGAGAAGUCUUCUUGGGAUGCCAUGGAAUCAAGGGCACAUAAAAUGGAAAACCGGCAAAUGAAGAGAUUUCAAACUGAAAUGUUGCCCCCAAAGUCGGCUAAACCCAUUCCAGUUACUCACAAUAGAUUAUUGUCUCCCAUCAAGAGUAACGGUUAUCUGCCUCAGAAGAAUGUAGUUCAGAUAAUGGAGGCGGCUGCUAAGAUAAUUGAUGGAAGUCCUCAGCCAUAUAUGCGGAAUAGAAUACUAUCAGGGGAGUCUUCAUCUGUUCCCUUGAGAAUUCUUGAUUUGAAAGAGAGAUUGGAAGCUGCACAAUAUGCACCCGUGUCUAGAAAGUUAGUCGAUCCGAACAAUGGCAACACAUCAAAUUGCAAGCCUGGUGAGAGGAGCUCUAAUUUGUACAAAAGUACAUCAUCAUUCAAGGGUUCAAGUUCAAGAGAUUUUGAGAAACGUGGUUCUUGUCAUUCAUCAAGUAAAGGAAAAUCAGGUUCUAUGCAAACCAAAAACAAUGUUCAAAGCAGAGAUACAUUGAUUUCAAACGGAAAUAGGAAAUACAUGAAGCAGAAAGAGCAGAAUGAGACAAAGUCAAAUCAGCUCACAAGGAGCCAGAAGUCAAUUACAAACCGAGCAUUACCGCAGAAAACGAGUGCAAACCGUAAUAGCAAUGUGCUGGUACAGAAUAAUCAGAAGCAAAAUAGCAUGACUUCCAAAGGUAAAUCAGCUUCAAAAACAGAUUUCAAUAAGCCAACAACGCGAGGUUCAUCUUCAGAAAAUUCUAAUGGAAUCAGGAAGGCAACAAACAAGGGUGCUGCAAAUGUCAAUGUUCAGCCUAAAAGGUCAAGUUCUAGGGCAAUCGAUAACCGAAAUGAGUUUCCCCCAUCCAAAGCACAUAGUAUCUCCCAAAAGAAAAAGUAUAACAGCAGAGGUGUUCAUGAGGUAAGAAGUCCUGAUCAUGCAAGAAAUGAUUUCGAAAGCAAGUCCAUAAAAUGCAAUUUUACAACUGAUGGAAGUAUUGAUCAGAAUGCUUUUAACAUGAAUGAAAGCAAUGAUGUUGUUUCAUUUACAUUUACAUCUCCUUUGAGGAGAAGCAUGCCUGAGUCUCUUGGACAUAGUGAUAAUCUUCAUCCCAAAAAAUUAUCACUGUCUCCGACACAUAUGAUAGAUAGUGAUGCAUUGAGUGUUCUGUUGGAGCAAAAGCUACAAGAAUUGACAUUGAGACUUAACUUACCUCAGUGUACCCUAGCCUCGGAGGAGCCUUAUACUGGUUUGAGAUCUAGUUUUCAAGACAAAGAUGAGAUGUUCAAUGAUGAACUUAAUGGAAUGCAUAACUAUCAAUACGGUUCAAGUGAUGGUCCAGUGCUUAACAUGAAUCAGCAACUGCAGAUAUCAGAAGUAAGGGAAGAUCCUAACUGUAGCAACAACAAUGAAAGUGGAAAUGAUCUAGGCUGUCAGUAUUCCAACAAUACUGAUACAAUUUUUCAAGCUCCUUCUAUCAGUGAAAGUUACUUGGAUAGUGAAGACAGUGCAUAUGGCAGCACAAUUUAUUCUUCCAUGCAAGAUGAAGAAGUGUCUAAUAUUUCCCAGAUUAAUGAAUCUGAAUCAGUUGAAAGUGAGGUGGCAUUGUCAGAGCAAAGCUCUUCCGUAUCUACGGGACACAAUGUGGCUGUCACACAAAUAAUCAGAACACCAAACAUGGUAGAUUUGAAAAGAUCAAGUAACAUGGAACUUGAAUAUGUAAAGAACAUACUUGGCAAUGCAGAGUUUAUGGCAGAAGAGUUCGUUUUGGGUCGGACUAAUACCGUCAUAAUGCCAAAUCUCUUUGAUCUGUUGGAGAAUCAGAGUACAGGAACAACAUACUGUGGAGAAGAAGAGUACUCUAAGCUUGAAAGGAAGGUUAUAUUUGACUAUGUGAGUGAGAGUCUAGAGUUGAGAUGUGAAAAAGCUUUUCUUGGAACGUGUAAAACAUGGCCUAGAUGGGUGAUAUCAAUUCAGAGGAAGGACAUAUUGGCAGAAGAAUUGUACAAAGAGAUGAUGAGUUAUAGGAACAUGGAAGAGCUAAUGGUGGAUGAGCUUGUGCUGAAUUACAUGAGCAGUGGAUAUGGGAAAUGGCUUGACUUUGACAUUGAAACAUUUGAAGAGGGGUUAGAGGUUGAAGAGGACAUACUAGAAUGUUUGAUUGAUGAAUUUGUUUCUGAUUUGUUGGUUGUUUAACUAACCCCUUGGUAGCUUACAUUUUUUUAGUACUUAGUGAGUAUGAAGUUAAAUUGUUAAUACCAUUAAAGUUCUGAAAAAGAAACACUGAAGUGGAACAUAAUCCACUCUAGUCCACUUCAUGCUUUUUUUUCUACUGGGUAGUACUACAAUAUUUUACCACUUCUUAGCAGUAACCAUAGAUAUUGCAUUGGGAAAUUAAUAUGAUGAAACUAUCAUGUAUACUAAGAAAAAUAAUUUUUUCAUCAAAAAGCUAAGAGGUUCUAUGACUGUGAGAGAGAGAGAGAGAGAGAGAGAGAGAGGCCAAUUGGAAAUGCUGACCACAACACAUGGCUCUAAUUUGAUGUUUUGUGUUUGAUGGGAAUCCACGUUGUAUUAUUAUGUAUCAAUGAUUCAAUAUGUGACUUGUUUCAUCCACAAAGUUUUUCACUUUUGAUUGAUCCACAAUGUUAAUGAAGUCUCAUAUGCUAUAAUUAUGUUGA